GUGCUAACAGCGGCUAGCUGCGGCUAACGGCACGUUAGCUGCCUGGAGGAAGAGGCGGACGGUGCUGAGACACUGCAGGUGCAACAACAACCCGGCAGUGACAGCAGAGCCCAGACAGCCGGCAAACACAGCAGCUGUUCAUUUCAGUCUGAUGGCCGAGCAUUAAUUAGCCCGUUCCGGUCUGUCAGCAUGGAGGACACCGCGGGAACCGGAGGAAACGGGGACCUAAACGCGAACCUGGGGUGGGGGAGUACCGGGGACCCACAGCUGGACAAGGCGGUGCAGCAGUGGCUGGACUGGGACAGGAACAAAUGGACUCGGGCUCAGGUGGAGUCUCUGGUGGCGGCGGGUCGCCUGGAGGACCUGCGGUCCAGACUCUGCAGCCGGAUGAGCUUCGGUACGGCCGGACUCAGAGCCCCGAUGGGAGCCGGAUUCAACCGGAUCAACGACCUCACCGUCAUCCAGUCCUCACAGGGCCUUCAUGCGUACCUGUGCAGGUGUUUUGCUGACCUCAGCAGCCGGGGCGUCGUCGUUGGAUACGACACCAGAGGUCAGGAGGAGAGCGGCUGCAGCAGUCAGAGGCUGGCCAAGCUGACGGCUGCAGUGAUGCUCAGCAGAGACGUUCCUGUCCAUCUCUUCUCCUCGUUCGUCCCCACUCCUUAUGUGCCUUACGCUGUGAAGAGACUGGGAGCCGCGUCUGGAGUGAUGAUCACUGCGUCACACAAUCCCAAAGAGGACAACGGUUACAAGGUGUACUGGUGUAGCGGCGCCCAGAUCGCCUCCCCUCAUGAUAAGGAGGUGCUGCGCUGUAUAGAGGAGCAGCUGGAGCCCUGGAGCGCCUCCUGCUGGGACGAAGCGCUGGUGAACCGCAGUUCGCUGAGGACCGACCCCCUGACCCAAAUCAACAGCUGCUAUAUGGAUGAUCUAACUUCCCUCUGCUUCCACAGAGAUCUGAACAGGAGCUGCACGUUAAAGUUCGUCCACUCGUCCUUCCACGGAGUCGGUCACGACUUUGUCCAGCAGGCCUUCCGGGUGUUCGGCUUCGCCCCGCCCGUUCCCGUCCCUGAGCAGAAAGACCCCGACCCAAACUUCUCCUCUGUUCGCUGCCCAAACCCAGAGGAGGGACAGUCUGUCCUGGAGCUCUCGCUCCUCCUGGCCGAGCGGGAAAACGCUCGGAUCGUCCUAGCAACUGACCCCGACGCUGACCGGCUGGCCGUGGCCGAGCGGUCUGACGGGUGUGGGUGGAAGGUGUUCUCAGGAAACGAGUUGGCUGCCCUGUUGGGAUGGUGGAUGUUCUUCAACUGGAAGGAGAGCCAUCCGGACCCAGCGGACACCAACAGCAUCUACAUGUUGGCCACCACCGUGUCGUCCAAGAUCCUGCAGGCCUUCGCUCGAAUCGAGGGCUUCCACUUUGAGGAAACUCUUCCUGGCUUCAAGUGGAUCGGGAACAGAAUCCAUGAGCUCUCCAAAACCGGAAACAGGGUCAUAUUUGCCUUCGAAGAGUCUAUAGGUUUCCUCUGUGGCAGCAUUGUUCCUGAGAAAGAUGGCGUCAGUGCGGCCGUGGUCGUGGCCGAAAUGGCGGCGUACCUGCAGACCAGGAAGUUGAGUCUGAACCAGCAGCUUCAAAACAUCUACCGGACGUAUGGUUACCACAUGUCCAAGACCUCAUACGUCACCUGUAACGACCCCCCCACCAUCCAGAGGAUCUUCAGCCGGAUCAGGAACUUUGCCGGAGACGACUUGUAUCCAAAGACGUGCGGCGGCAUUCGGAUUGUCCACGUCAGGGACGUAACCACGGGAUACGACAGCAGCCGGCCCGACCUCAGAUCAGUACUUCCUGUUUCCAGGAGCAGUCAGAUGAUCACCUUCACGCUGCAGAACGGCGUCGUGGCAACGCUGCGGACGAGCGGUACCGAGCCAAAGAUCAAGUAUUACACUGAGUUCUGUGCUGCACCGGGAGAAAGCGACGUGUCCCAGCUGGAGGACGAACUCCGGAAGGUGACGGACGCUCUGCUGGACGAGUUCCUAGAACCCGACAAGAACCACCUGAUCCGCCGCGACGUCUAGCUCCGCCUCCUGCAGCUUCUUCCUGUCCUCUGAUUGGCCGACAGGGGAUCAGCUGUCGCUGCAGAAACAGUUAUAGAUGUUUAUUGAUGCGUAAAAGUAAAGAGAAACUCAAAUGUUUCAUUUAAAAUAUUAGAUUUUAUUUUAUUUAUUUUUUAGAUUUAAAAAAUUCAGCUGGAGAUUAUUAGGCCAAGUUUUUCCAGGUUAUAAAACAAUAACAUUUUCUGUAAAUGUUCAUUACUUUAAGACUUGUGAUGUUUUGUGAAGAGAAAAAUGAACAUAUCAAACCAAAAACACAAAACAGCUGAAACUUUUCAGUUUUUAUAUUUCUGUUAAAAACUUUCUGCAGACUCAUCAGAAAUCUUUUCAGUUUUCAGAAAUUGGUUGAAAUGUUUUGAUUUACUGUUGAUCAACACUAAAAUAAAAAAAAAGCACAAACAAAAAAUCCAAAGAAAUUGAACAGACAUGUGGCUUCAUUAUGACUCUUACUCAGGUGCAUUCUGGGAUUUUAGUGCACUUAUAGGUAAGAAUCAAUAUUUCCUGUGUUUUGCUGCUGAAAUAAAACUUUAAUUGUUCUUUUCUGAGAGUAAAAAUGAAAACAUGAUUUAUUUUCAUCUCUGAUGACAUUUUUCCAGAUGAAUUGUGAGAAACCAGCAGAAUGUUCCUUCAUCAGUGUUUAAAGCUUUAUCUAGAUGUGGACAGGUUGUGUAUUUUUUUACUGGCUGAGGUGCAAAUAUAUUAAUGAGGACUGAAUUCCUGCUGCUAUGAGAUGCUGUUGAAGACUUUUAUUUUGGUAAAGAUUCAACUUCCUGUUGCAGUUUCACUCCUUUUAUUUCAAUGAACUUGUUCCUCUGAGCUACAAUAAAAUAGAAAACUGGUG